UUAAAAAUAAAAAAAUUCACGAACGCGCAUACGUUAACAUAGUGUAGGAGAAGGUGGAGGCCUUUUGGAGCCGGGCGGUGGCGGCAGAUCGUGCGUGCACUUCUUCGGAGCAGCCUCGUCCCUCUCUCUCGUGCUGUCCGGGCGUUUACAUAGAGCGCCGUGCGGGAGCCCUGCGAAAAAUGUCCGUCAUGGGGAAGCCAGUGCUUUACUCUUAUUGGAGGAGUUCCUGCUCGUGGAGAGUGAGAAUAGCUUUGAACCUCAAGGAGAUCCCGUACGACAUAAAACCUAUAAGUUUGGUAAAGAGCGGUGGUGAACAGCACAGCAAUGAGUUUCGGGAGAUUAAUCCCAUGGAACAGGUGCCGGCACUCCAUAUUGAUAAUCAUACAUUAAUUGAAUCUCUAAAUAUAUUACUUUACUUGGAGGAAACGAGACCGCAUCGUCCAUUAAUGCCAGCAGAUCCAGUAAAAAGAGCCAGAGUCAGGGAAAUUUGUGAAGUUAUCGCAUCUGGUAUCCAACCUUUACAAAAUCUUAUUGUACUUAUUUACGUUGGAGAGGAUCGUAAGAAAGAGUGGGCGCAACACUGGAUAACUCGAGGCUUUACGGCUGUGGAAAAACUAUUGUCCUCGAGCGCCGGCAAAUACUGCGUUGGCGACGAGAUCACACUAGCCGAUUGCUGUCUGGUGCCGCAGAUAUUCAACGCGCGAAGGUUUCACGUCGACCUGAGACCGUUUCCCACGAUCUUAAGGGUCGACCGCCAUCUGGAAAAUCAUCCCGCCUUCCAGGCCGCUCACCCCAAUAAUCAGCCCGACUGCCCCCCCGAGGCGACAAAAUAGCAAGCGAGACAGACCACCUGGUUUCUCUUUUAAAUUUUAUAUUUUGAGAAAAUAACCUGGUGGUCUGUUCUUCGCUGUGAUCGUGGUUUCAUAAUUUUAAUAACAAACAAAAAAAAAAAAAAAAAAAAAAUUAAAUUAAAUUAGAAACUUGCACUUUUUUUACCAUUUCAUCGAUCAUCUAAAUUAUAUCUAGGUGCUUUCAUAAAAAGUAAAAUUUUAUGUUAUUUUUUUACUCGGGACCACGAUCACGCCUCGAAAUUAGAUUUUGACCAGCUAACCCACUACUCUGAUACAUUCCUCCAUUUUUUCUCAACUAAAAUCGCUGGUCAAGUCAUUUCGAAGUUUACUUCCAAAUAAAAAAAAUGCUUUAUUUUAGGUUAUUGUUUUUCAUAAAAAUCAACGUUUUGAAAUAAAAGAGAAUUGUGCAAAAUUUAUCGACCUAUUGGAGAUAGGUUCUGUUAUUUGAAAAUUAAAAGUUUAAUUUCUUUACACUUGCUUUAUUUUUUUUUUUUUUUGGCAAAAAAACACAACAAAAUGAAAACAUCCGAAUGCAAUGAUUAUCGUCACAGGAUAUUAACUUUAACAAUAAAUAAGUAAUAAGUCGCCUGAGAAGGCAAUCGAGUGUAAGGAUAAAAAUGUGCAGUACGAAAAUCAUGCCAUGAUAUCCAGUAAAUAAUCAAGAGUACAAAAAACUUUUUCCCAUAAUUUGUUCUAAGUAAUUUGGUUUCUCGAUACCUAAUAGUUACACAAAAACUUCGAAUAAACAAUGCAAAAUAUUUUUAUGAUCAAUUCAAAGUGUAUAUGUUUUAAUUAAAGUACGAGCCUUUCAUGAAGUGAACGCGCAACUUGCGCAUUUAAAAAUAUUUUUUUCAUGACGAUUAUUUUAAAAAAUUUUUGUAAUUAUUGAUAAUAUACAAUAAUAAAUCAGCAAUAUAAAACUACUGUAUAGUCGUACUGUCAGCUUUGAUAGUAUAAAGUUCAGAUAUCGUAUGAAGUCGUCGUCUUCAUCAUAAAAAUUAAAGUCAAUGUAAACACUAAUGUUAUUAUUUUAAGCCAAGAAUCUGCAAGAUUUCUCAAAUCUUGUGUAAUUAAGCCGACAACGUUGUGCGUUACGCAGUAGUCUUGUGCGAUAGUUGUUAAGCUAAUUACGAAUGCACAUUUUCCUAUACUAUUAAUAAGUUUACGUGCUGCUUGUGAACGCAGUGUUUCGAUCACAGCAGCUUAUUAUUUUUGCAAGAGUAAUUAUUCCAAGUGUAAUUGAAGGAUGAUAAAUUUUUCGUACUGAUAUUUUGUAAUAUUAGAGUAAGGUGAAGAAUCUGCCAUAACGAUUUCGAGUACUUCCACGGGAUUGCAAGGCUCAACUUGACGUAUUUUAAAAAAAAAAACAAAAAAAUAUGAAGAAAAUAAGCUCGCGUAGAAAAACAUUAUUUUUUGCAGCUUUUUUGUACGAGUAAAAAAUGUAUAAGAGACGCAUCGGUGCGUCUUGUAACUCUUAGAAGUCAACUAUGGACUCUGACGAUGAAAAAAAAGACAAUUGUUGAGCGACGAUAUGUAUAAAACACAAGAAAACAAAGCCACGUUUUUAGAUAAUCGAAGCGAUGCCCAGAGCAUAAGUAGAUUUUAUAUUUAGAAAUUAAACUGUACGAUAAAUAUGUAAGGGUGCGUGAGAUAAUACUUUUGAAGAAGACGAAAAAAGUAAGCCUGUACGAUAAAAAAAAAAAAAAAAAAAAAACUGUAUGUAUAAUUGUAUAUUGUUCAGCUACACAUACUCUCUGAUGUUGAAUCAGUCAAAUUUUACUGCGAAUCAGUAAAAUGUCGUUUACUUAUCCCAAUAAGUAAACGACUUUUCACUUAUAAUUAGUCAAUAUUGACUAAUUUGACUGAUCUAACUUUAGAGAGUACUUAUAAAAACUCAAGUACAGUACUUUUAAGCGUAAACAGGCGUAAAUUAUAUAUAUAUUUUUUUUGUUAGUGAAAGUGAUUGUGUAUAUUUAAUGCUUACAGGAAAUAAAUUUUGUGUCAUACUACAGUGCCAAUUCAUUAAAAUUGUCUUUUUAAUUAUAACAUUCUAUUUUCAUUGAUAUUUAUACAUAUUACUCUC